AUGAGGCUAGAGACUAUAGAGAUGGAGGCGGACUCUAAUCGCGAACCAGAAGUUUCUCCUGAGGAGGAGGCACAGAAAAAGGAGGCAGAGAAGCAGGCCAAGGCACAACUUGAAAGGGCGAAGCUUAAAACUGUUGCAUUUGCUGUUCGCCCAAAUGUCAACUACACUGCAGCUGAUGACGACGGCUGCCCUGUGCCCGGAACGGCUCUUUCCUUUGAAACUAAAGACUUCCUUCAUGUCAAAGAGAAGUUCAGUAAUGAUUGGUGGAUAGGGCGGCUGGUAGUGGAAGGAAGCGAACUUGGCUUCAUUCCCAGCCCAGUGAAGCUGGAGGCCAUACUGAUAAAACAUGAGCAGCAAGCCAGGAAGGCCAAGUUGCAAGCCAGUAAACAAGGAGCAAACUCCUCUGCCAGUUUAAACGAAAAUGCGACACCUCAUUCAAAGAAAAACGCUCCUCCUCCUCCCCCUCCCCCUGGUGAAGGAUCUAUGGAGAAAGUGCCACCAUAUGACGUCGUGCCUUCCAUGCGGCCUGUCAUUCUAAUGGGGCCCUCACUGAAGGGCUAUGAGUUGACAGACAUGAUGCAAAAAGCUCUCUUUGACUUUUUGAAACACAGAUUUGAAGGGAGAAUAACAAUCACCCGGGUUACAGCUGACAUCUCGCUCGCCAAAAGUUCUGUGAUGAACAAUCCCAGUAAACAUGCAAUGAUCGAGCGCUCCAACACUCGGUGCAGUAUUGCCGAAGUUCAGAGUGAGGUGGAGCGAAUAUUUGAACUGGCGCGAUCACUGCAGCUGGUGGUGUUGGACGCUGACACCAUCAAUCACCCCACCCAGCUGCAGAAAUCUGCCCUGGCGCCCAUCAUGGUCUAUGUCAAAGUCAACUCUCCCAAGGUUUUACAGAGGUUGAUCAAGUCAAGAGGGAAAGCACAGGCCAAGCAUAUGAAUGUCCAGAUGGUUGCAGCUGACAAACUGGCUCAGAUUCCUCCUGAAUCAUAUGAUGUAAUUCUGAAUGAGAACCAGCUGGAGGACGCGUGUGAGCACAUAGCCGACUACCUGGAGGCCUACUGGAGGGCCACCCACCCUGAGGGCGAUGCUUCCAACUCUAUCUUGAUGAACCUGGCUGCUGCCACCAUACUCCCCAGCUCGCCACCUGUUCCCAACCUGCAAGAACAGGUACUGACCAAGCUGGCAGCCAGUUUUAAACUCUGA